UCAAUAUUUUACUAGCUCUGUGAUUCAUUACAUUCGAAACAACGUUCUGACGUUCAUGAAUUAGUUCAAUUCAAUGUUCACGAACUACAUAAGGCUACAUGUUACAUUAUGUAGUUAAAUCUUUUUAAAUAAAAAUAUAUCUAUACCGGUCAAUAGUGAAUCUAAUAAUAAUUAUUAAAUAAAUUCAAAAAGUAUUAAAUUACAUACAGAAGACUUUAGUCCAAAAUAAUUUAUUGUAAUUUUACUAACUGUGACGUAAAAAAAAUACUACAAAUCCAUGCAAAACCUGUCUACAUUUGUGUAACACAAAUAUUUGAAAUUUACCUCAUAAAAAUAACUGUAGAUUAUAUGAGACUUCACAAAAUUUACUGCCAUAGCCAUUGCCAUCGUUCAUAGCACGUUAAUUCGCCUUAGCCGGGUGCUAAGGAGGCCAAUGUCGAAGACUCAAGAUUUCGCUUGUGGUUUUCACGAAAAUGAAAGUAUUACAAAUGAGAAGCUUAUCUAUCCAGCUGCAUCAAGAAACAAAGAAUCUAUACUACAAGUCCUCAAGAGAUUCCUAAUUACUGACACAGAAAAUGAUGAUGAAGAAAAUCCUCUCUUUGUAGAGAUAGCAUCAGGCUCUGGACAACAUGUGGCACAUUUUGCACCACAUUUUCCAAACUUCAAAUUUCAGCCAACGGAAGUAGACAGUGCUCUAUUAGGAAGUAUCUCAUACUAUGCCAAACACUGUCCCACAAAAAACAUUUUACCCCCGCUACACUUGGACAUUUGUAAUAGUUUAUCUCAGUAUGGGUUUAAAGAAGAAAGUAUAGACUACAUUUACAAUGCUAAUAUGAUUCACAUAACUCCUUUUGAAUGCACUAUAAGGUUGUUUGAGAAUGCAGGCCAAUACUUGAAACGUGAUGCAUUCAUGAUCACAUAUGGUCCUUAUGCUAAAGAUGGAAGAUUGUCACCAGACAGUAAUAUUCGGUUUGAUGCUACUCUCAGAGAUAUUGAUCCUUCAUAUGGUGUACGUGACAUAAAUGAUCUGACUAAAUUAGGAGAGAAAAAUAAUUUAUCCCUUAUUGAUACUAUUGAAAUGCCUUCAAAUAAUAAGACAUUAAUAUGGAAAAAAAAUUAAGUAGUUCCCUGCUUUUUAAAUAUACAUUAUCCAUGUAACCUAAGUACCUAAUAGUAUUAUCCUGGCUAGGUAAUGUAACAAACCGAGAAAAACUUGUAAUUUAAAAUGUCUGCUUCCAGUUACUUAAUUCAGAACUAUUAAUUAAACUAUAAUGUUAUGUGGCACUCAUACACUAUAUAAAAAAUGUACCCUGCUACAAAAAAAUAUUAACAUCUAGAAUAAAUUACAAAAAAAUAUUGUUAGAAAGGAAAUUUAAACCCAAAGUGAGGUUUAUCAAUUUUUUAAGUAUGUUGUCAUAUCCAAAUAUUUAAGUAACCACUAACCAUUUCUGAUAAGGCACAUUUGCUCCCUCUACUGUAUAAUUCCAGAAAAUAUCUCAAAAACCUACUCAGUAUUUUAGACUUUAUAUGUAUAUUCUCAUAGACUGAAUUUACUUUACAAAAUACUCUAUUUAUUAUAGAAUAAAGAUCAUAAAUAAUGACACACUGAAAGUGACUGCAUAUAAUAAUAUAGCACUAAACUGGAAAUUAACAUAAGUAGAAAUCAUUUCAGAUUAACAAUUUUAUUUUAUGUUUAUAUGCGCUAUACGGUGCGUUCGGCUAAUUUCGUGUUGCAGGAGUCUCGUAAAUAUUUUUUUUCCAAUAAAAUAUUUAAGCGGUACCGGCAUUUUAUACAUGAAACUGGUUAUUAUUAAUGCUACUUUAUGUGAUAAUUUAAUCAUCUUCCAAUUCUCUCCGUAUAAGCUUAAAAAUAGGUGAUAAUAUCUGUAUAGAAAUUUAAAACACAUAGAAAAGAUCGGACGUUCGCGAGGUAAGUUCGAACUUAAUUCUAAUAACGAUUAUAAUGAUUAUAAGGUCCACAAAAUCAAAUAGAAGUCUCGAUCAGUGUCAAGAAGUACGAAAUCUACCUUUUGUUUCACAGCAUACCUAUUCUUGGUCGUAGCAUCAACUUUCGUAUACUUACAGGGCGGGGCAGAAAGAAACAGCGUCGCCGCCUAUGUAGCCUAAACUAAAUAAUAGUUUCACUGUAUUUAUCGUUAAACGAUCUUACCCGAACGCACCUUAAUACUUUAUAAAGUCUGAUAAUGUUUACAGUAAGUAAUAUUUAUAUUAUCAUAAGAUUUGACAAGAUAAUUCUGGACUGAGCUAAAUCUAUGUGGAAUACUUUAAUUUUAUUUUAAUGUCAGUGCGCACUUGAUAAUAUAAUGGCACGUCACAACGAUUUUUAUAAAAUUAUCGUUAAAUAUUGCACAGAAACUCUGAAAUACCUAAUAUAAGUGGUAUAGUUCAAAUAAAUUAUUAUGUUUUUUGUCUUAACUCGUUAACAGUUUAUUUUUCGUCACACCAAGCAACAUAAUAUAACUAUUUAAGAAGAA